AUGGCACUGAAGAUUCUGGUCCUCGCGCAGUGGGCUGUUGCUGCCUCCUUGGCUCCAGGAGACUGUGCAUUCGUGGGCAUCUACGGUGAGAAGGAUGAUUUUGCCAUCCUUUUGCUCGAGGAUGCAGAUGGGGAGAGAAUCUCACUGACAGAUGGAACUCUCAAGGACAAAGACUUCCAGGCCAAACAGCGGGCGCAAGCGAAGGAACAUGUGAAGGAUGCCGUCAAGGGAACUGUAUUGCGGAAGUCGGACUUCGUGACAGAAAAUGGGUGGUCCUUUGCGGCUCCAUUGGCACUCACGGUUUACAAGGGAAGCCCGUCGUCUCCCACGCCCUUGUGCGGUGUCAACUUGGAUGGGAAAGCAGGCAACAUGGCGGUUCGCAGGCUGGAUGAAGAGGUGGCUGCCCUCAAUCUUGGCGAGACUGAGACCGCCCAAUAUGCAGGACUCAUGACUGGCAGCAAGGAAGAGCUCUUGGAUGGCAUCACCAACCCCAUGAACUGGUUGCGAGAUUCAGCUGUUCGCCAACUCUCCGGCUUUAGCAUUGCUUCGGGCCAGAACAGCACCACAUCGAUGACCACGACCUCAAUGGGGGGAAACACCACGGAGACGACUGAGACGACCAGCAGCAUGGACAUGACCACAGAAGAAGAGGAUGGUGCAUCGCACGCCACUGUUUGCGGCGUGAUCCUGUCUUUAGUCUUGGCCACGAUGUAA